AUGGCUGAUGCCCUUUCACUAAAAGGGAAAAGGCUGGAUUUUUAUGGCAGAGCAGACACGUAUGUAACGCUGACCAAAACCAUUCCUGAACUCUGUCGAUUCACAGCAUGCAUUGACCUGGUGUUCAUGAAUGACACCCCAAGUGAUUGGAUGGCCUUCAACUAUAUCAUUAAUAAUACCUUCCCAGGACAAGAAACCAUUGACCUUGGACUUGCUGGUGACCAACAAAAGCUAAUACUAUACAACUUGGGCAAGAUCUUUUAUAUCCAUUACCAUCUGACUCCUUUACGGUGGCACAGGCUGUGUUUGAUAUGGGAUGGGGUGAAAGGCCGUUUAGAGCUGUUUCUGAACAAGGAGAGAAUACUGGUCAUGAUGGAUGAACCACAGAAGCUGAAAUCUAAUGGGACUCUAGUUCUAGGACAUUUUCUCAAAAAUAAAGACAGCCCAAUUAAGAUGGUGAUGCGUACUUACACCAGCAGCUUAUACUACUUUCAACUCUGGGACCACAUCCUGGACAGUGAGGAACUCAUGAAGUGUUUGGGCGGCAACAUAGUCAGUUGGGAAGAAGAUGUCUGGCUUGUCAACAAGAUUGUUCCUACAGCUGAUGUGAAACUGCGUUGCUAUAUUAAAAAUAAAUGCAUCUUUGUAUUUGGAAUUGAUUAUAUAACCUUGUCAUAUCCCAAUACAGCAUCACCACUUCUGGGAAAAAUAACUGCACCAACAUCUUUAAAGACACUCAUAACUGAAACAGCUACAUUUAUUGCAGAUAGCUUAUCUAAUUCAGAAGUCAUCACCCUGCCUGAAAAGAGUACCUUGAAGGGAAGUACUACCAACUCCAUGAAAAUGACUAAAUCCCCAUCUGAGUUAACAAGGACAACAAAAAUGACUAAAAUCACUGACAGUGAGACCUUUUAUUCAACCACAACUACAAAUUUCUUAUGCACAACUGGAUAUGCCAAGAAUUCAUUUGCACCCAAAACUUCAGUGACUAGACCUCAGUCAAACAUUAAAAAGACCACACCUUUAUUCUCAUUGAUUGAGUCAACUUCUAUGUCCACAACAUCCUGGCAUAAACAAAAAUACACAGAUAUGAGAACACUCCCUAUCUCCACAGCUGGCCAGGAGUUUCUGGCAUCUACAGCUACUGGAACUGAACCUUGGUCUACGGUGGAAAAGAUUUCAGCUAUAACUACUCACAUUGGGGCUGCAUCAGCAUUACCACCCGAGUCUGUGCUCAGCUCUGCAGUCACUCCAGUGUCUACUGUAUUUCAUAGAGAUCACACAGCAUCUACAUUGGCAACAUCAGAUUCUGAAAUAGCAGUAGCAGUCCGCUCAGUGACACACCCAACUAGGACCAUUGAGAUGACAUCUCAGCUAAGAACAGCUGAAACAGAAUCAACGUCUGUGAAUUUCCAAAAGGUCUCUUCACCAGAAGUAGAGGAUAUAAAAUCUACUUUUGUACCCAAAGAAAUCUCUACUACGUCCUUUUCUUUCAGGAAAUCCUCUCCCUUUACUAGAGCUCAGAGUGCACAGACGGUUACUAAUGUUGAGACAACACAUACAACCUUGACUCCUGGAGUCACACUUAAACCUACAAUGGUUGAAACUAUGCAUCUACCUACAACCACUGGGUCAGAAUAUACCCACAAUACAUCUCUAGGCAGUGACAACAUGCUUCCUUUGCUUUCCACUAGAUCAUUUUACACAUCCAUGACAUCUGAUUUUGGUCCCAAAUCAAUAAAUUCCAAAGAACCCCAUCUUUUUUCCACUAAUGCAGCCACAUGGACUUCCAAGCCUAACCAAACCCUGUUGAGAUCAACAUUUCAUGGCAGUACUUUUAAUAUAAAACAUUCAUCAAUAGCUACUAACAUCAUCAUCCCACCAGAAGCAGCCACAAAGAGUGUGUCUACCACAACCACUGGUACUAUUGCUACUGUUGAUGUUACUACAGACAGAUAUACAACUCUAUCUAAAUUCCUGUCUCCAUGGUUUGUUAAUUUCUCCACAGUUUCUGAAACCACAUCUGUAACCAAACUGCCUGGAUGUAAACUUACCACCACACUAGUAAAAACCAUCCCUAUGUCCACAUUAGCCCGAAAUGAAACUUCAAUAUCAAGGGGGACAGUUAUUCCACCAACAGAUAGAACAUCUACUUUGACUAAUGUUGAACUAAAUUUUUCUUCUACUGAGAGUGCCUCUGAGACCACACAAACGAAGAUAAAUGGAACAAUUUCAGAGACAACAGCCCCUAUUUCAGGGUCUGAAACAACACAAAAAUUUGAAACUACUGUGACAAAGAAAGAAACAACAACUUCCCAUAAUCUUAAUGAAACAUCCACAAUGACCACAACAGCUGAGAAUUCUCCAUUCACAACAAGGAUGGAAGCAACAACAGAUGAAUUUACGCAAAUGAUGACAGUUUCUGUCACUGUUUCUCCCUUUCCUGACACAGAAAAGUUCAGUACCCUGUUGAAUAAUGAAACUGCAACCACUGAAGUGAGAGAAAGUUGGCUUUCUACAAAAUCAGUGAAAACCACACUUAAUAGUUCACACAACGGAACCGAAGAAAUCAUUAAUUCCUCUCAGACCUUCACCACAUAUUGGGUCUCAGGGAGUGUACCUGAUGAGAAUUCAACUCCAUCUCUCACUUCUACAAACACGCAGACAUUCUCUGAGUCCCUUGGUGAUUCCACCACAAGGAUAUUGGGGACAAGUUUUGCCACUACUGACAGGAUGAUUAUGUCUUCAGCUGUUGGUGUCUUGCCUCCACAGCCUACAGCUCUCCGUUCCUCAGCAACCCCUGUGUCUAUCACUCGUAUGUCCUCACUUUCAGCUAAUGUCUCUUCUGUAUCCUCUUUGAAGGUGUCUAAAGUUACUGUACCUGAAUAUUCUACAUUGGCCACAGCUGCUUCUACAUCACUGCCUUCAUAUGUCUCAACAGCUACAGUGACUGCAACAUCAGUGCCACCAUUGGCUCAGACUGUGUCCACAACCCGUAAACCUACUCACAGAGACUCAAUUCCCACCAUUUCAGAAGCCACAAUAAUCUCUGUCAGGAUGACACCUACUGCAAUUCCUUCUCAUACAGAAACUCCAAUCUCCUCAGUGACAGUGAGGCCUGUCACUUCUAUGGCAACUAAGCCUGUAACCACUCUCCCCUCCUCAUCAAUUGACAGAGUAACCCCAUAUACACAUACUCUUCCCUGCUCCAAAUUUCUCACUGACAUUUCAGUUGUAUCUGUCACUCAUGGAACCUCAACAAUGUCUACACCAAUAUCAAGCCAACCCACAUCUCAAGUGGAGGAGACUUCCACACAUGCUUUCAGCUCUCCAUAUACUUUAAGUGGUGGAGGAGAUGUUAGUUUGGUUAUUGACACCACAGAAACUUCCUUUGUUGAUAAUAUCAUGCCUUCACAUACCUCUGCCAACAAGUUUACUGCUUCAGUUGGUGGUCACACAUCUCAACUUUCCAUAGGUCCUGUAAGCACACCAGUUCCCACGCUAUUAGUGACCAGCACCACUCCCUUAUCUUCUAACAAAGAACAGAUGACUACCAUUCUAGGAAAUACCCCUAGAACUGUGACGGUGACAGAAAUACCCACAUCAAAGAAUCCUUUUAUUUCAGAUUCCCAGAAUACUUCACCCUUGGAAAUAACAGAUGCGGGAUUUUAUAAGACCACAAAAAUUUCAUGUAACCAAACAAAAUCACCUUCAGAGAGUCCACUUGUGACUCUACUUGAGCAUAUUUUGGCUUCAUCUCCUACUCUGGGGAGUACACAGUCUAUACCUAAUUCUACCUCAAGUAACAAAGUAGAUAUACAUAGUUCUGAAGCAGCUUCCAGUCUUGGGAAAACAGUUCUUUCUUCACAAGUUCCUGUCACAAGCACCACAUUAUCUCCUGAAAAAGGAAGCAUGAGUGUCUUGUCAGGAUAUACUCAGAGUACUGACAAAAUGAUAGCAAGUGCCACAUCUGUGACUCGCCCUGUCUUAUACUCUGAUAGUUCAUUCAAAGAUACCACAACAUCCAGGACAACACUUUCACACUUCCUUUCACCUAUAACUCAACCUGAUGUGACUUCCAUUGCCUCUCCUGUUUUUGAAAACGCACAAACUUCUUCAGAGUUCCUGUCUCAUUCCACAGCUGGAUUAUUUAGUGGAAAUUUUACAGUGAUGUCUACUGAUAGGACCACUAUGACUCAUCCUACUCGAAAUGUACCUACAGUAUUUCUUGGAAAUACCUCUAUGAAAACAUCCAUUCCUAUUUACCAGAUGUCCUCAUCGCCAGUUAAUGUUGCUGCUUUCACCACCAAAAGAGUUUCUGACACAUCCCCAAUACUAAUGACUAAGUCUUCUAAAACAACACACCCAGAUUGUUUGAAAAGUCUCUCUACAGCUACAUCUAGGCCUGUGUCUGAAAUGAACCCAAUGUCAGUUAAUGAUUCUACUUUCUCACCCCCUGCUGUAUCUUCUGAUUCUUCUACAACAGUUGGAUUGUUCUCCACUUUAUUGUCUUCAAUCGCUCCUAGAUCUACUAUGACCAUAAAUCCAUCUACAUUGGAUGUUAUGCCCGUGACAUCUGCUGGACAUACUUCAAAAAGCACAAUGAUUUCCUCUGCAUUCAGUACCUCAGAAAUGUCAGAGGUAUCCUCCAGGAUCACAGCUACAUCUUUUUCUUCUCCAACAGAGUCAGUGUUUCCCUCUCCGACAGAUGUCCCAACCAUUAGCAUGACUGGGAUCGUGACCCCUUUUUCAAGUAUCAUGGACUCCUCUCUACUCAGUUCUAAGACUACCAAAGUCAUUCCUUCUGUUCCAAAAGACACAUUUUCACCACUUUUAUCAACAACCCAACAAUCAUCCCAAGGAGAUAAAGCUACAAUUAUGGGCAUGUUAUCUGGGAUUACUAACAGCUUACAAUCCACUUUAACCAGUAAUAGAGGGACAGUUCUCACAAAUCCUUGUUCUAGAACUACUACCCCAGAAACUGUGCUUUCAUCUACUUCUUCAGAUGACCUCUAUACUUCCACAAAUACUCAGGUUUACCCAUUUUUCACUACAUUUAAGAGCACCCAUGGACCCACAAAGGGUGUAAAAACUACCACCUACUUUUCUUCAAAUACAGAAAAGAUGACUUUGUCAGAAAAAACCACAACAGCUGAAUUUACAAAGCAUGCCACAUCUAUUUCAUAUCCUUCGUGGACUCCAUCCAGUACAGAUCCAGUUUCUUUGACAUCAUUUCACUUUUCUCCUAAUAGUACUGAGACUGAGCUCUCCUCUACAAAGACUUCUCUUCCUCCUACAUCCCAAAUGGCUGAAUUCCCAGACUUGGGAGCCAGAAGCACAUCUAGAAAUACCCAGUCUCUUAUUAUGACUUCUUGGAAUGCCUCCACAAGUAAAGAUUCUCAAUUUCCAAUUUCUACCUCUACUCAUGAACCUACACUCAGCAAGAUGGAAACAGAAACCUCCUUUCUUGUUCCUGGGUUUCUGUCAACACACUCAAGCUCUCAGACUAUAAGUGAAGAUAUUAUAUCAAUGUCAUCAAUUUCCACAUCAGAAAUUUUUCCUACCCUUGGGAUGCCUGAGAAUCCAUCUAUAUCUUCAAGAUCUACCCCUACCACUUUGCCUGACAUUAAACACACAUUUGGGGAGAAAACAACAACUUUAAUGCCUGGGAUCACAGUCUCAUCAGAAUCUAUAAUUUCGAAGCCCACAGCUUCACCGAUGCUUACUUGGAUCUUAUCUAGUUUUCCUUCAGUUUCUCCUCUGGUAUCCAUAUCCAAAACUCCUCACAUAACUUCUUCUACCAUAGAGGUGUCAAAACCCACAUUUCUGACUUCUGACAUGAGACCAACACAACAAUUUACUAAGUUUACUUUGCAACCCUUUGACACGGCAAACACCAUAUUUACCAAAACCUCUCCUACACCUAUAGAGGACACUAUCCCUACUGGUUUCUCAACUUCUUUCCCUACAUCUGUAAAAAUUACAGAUAAUAGUAUACAUAUUUCCAAAUCUCCUGAGGCAUCUUUCAGAACCACGAGGACUGUCAACUCCCAGACUAUAUCUCAACCUUCAUCCUUUAGCCAAGUGAGUAGGUCACCUCUUACACCUGAUCACACAUUAUCAGUUCGUUACAAGCCUCUGACUAGUGCUACAAUAACAUCUGCUUGGAGCAGAAUCCCAGAUGCAUCAGCAUCCUCUAAUUCAGUACUUCCUAGUCCAGCACAGGAUUUCCUUCUAAAUAUAACUACCACUACAUCCAAUGUUACUGGAGUCUCAUUUCCAUUGAUAGCCACUGGAGCUACACAUCUCUCAACAACUGUCUCUUCACUACUUUCAUCCUCUUUUGAGAUGACCUGGCUUGACUCCACAUCUUCUUUUCUUCCUACGGAAGCAUCAGCUUCGCUUAUUGCUGAGGAGUCCGAAGUUUCCUUCUACAAUAUUGAAAUGAGCUUCUCUGUCUUUGAUGGAAAGCCAGGCAUCCUUAUUACCAGCAUUGCAAAAGAAUAUGCAGAAAAAUGGUUGAAUUCUGUAUUUCAGGAUAGUGAAUUUGCUCUUGCUAAUCUAGCUGUUGAACUGAAAAGCAGAGACUCUUCUGAAGAAGAAAUGAACAUGGACCGAAUUUUUUUGAAACAGAAAGAUGGACAAGAAAUGAUGACAAUUCCUCAUAUAUCAUACAGCUGUGUUUGGCGGGUCAUCAUAAAAGCGAAUUCUUAUUUAUCAUCCACCAAACUGAUUACCAGGAUCAAAAGUAAAAUAAGGAACAACCUCAAGCAAGGAAACUUCACAUCACAUAGAUUGAAGUUAUUAGUAACAUCUGAGCGUAUUCUAGUGGAAAAAUUAGAGCCAGGAAAGUGCAAAGCCGAUAAAACAGCCUCCAAAUACAAAGGGACUUAUAAAUGGCUCUUAACCAACCCUACAGAGACAGCCCAAACUAGAUGCAUAAAGAAUGAGGAUGCAAACGCUACCAGAAUCUGCUCAAUCAGUAUCAAAACUGGCAAAUCUCAGUGGGAAAAACCCAAGUUUAAACAGUGCAGAUUGCUUCAUGGACUUCCUGAUAAGAUUGUGGAUCUGGCUAAUAUUACUAUAAGCGACGAGAAUGCGGAUGAUGUUGCAGAGCACAUUUUAAAUUUGAUAAAAGAAUCUCCCAUUCUGGAUGAAGAAGAAACAAAGAUUAUUGUUUCUAAAGUAUCUGAUAUUUCACACUGUAAUGAAAUAAGUAUGAAUCUAACCCAGAUGAUUUUACAAAUAAUCAAUGCUGCUUUGGGAAAGCAGAAUGAUUCUGCUUCAGAUCUGCAUGAAGUGAGCAAUGAAAUCCUGAGGAUUAUUGAACGAGUUGGUCACAAGAUGGAAUUUUCCGGGAGGAUGGCGAAUCUAACAGUGGCUAACUUUGCUCUGGCUGUCCUGAGAGUAGACCACAUUUUUGAAGGCAUGACCUUUAAUAUUGGCUCUUAUGAAGAAGGCACAGAUCCUGAGAUUCUCCUAGGUAAUGUCCCUCCAGGUCGGGUAUUGGCCUCCAUACAUUUGCCUAAAUCACUGAGAGGGAGAAUUCCUCCUAACGGUCUACAGACCAUCUUGUUCAAUUUCUUUGGCCAGACAUCACUCUUUCAGAUCAAAAAUGUCAGCAAAGCAUUAACCACGUAUGUUGUGAGUGCCAGCGUUUCAGACACGUACAUUCAGAACUUGGCUGACCCAGUGAUUAUAACUUUGCAGCAUAUUGAAGGAAACACGAAAUAUGAUCAAGUCCAAUGUGCCUUUUGGGACUUUGGGAGUAACAAUGGGCAAGGUGGAUGGAAUUCAUCAGGCUGUAAAGUAGAGGAAACAAACAUAAAUUACACAAUCUGUCAUUGUAACCACCUCACACAUUUUGGAGUCUUAAUGGAUUUUUCCAGGUCUGCAGUGGAUACAGUGAAUGAACGGAUACUAACACUUAUAACAUACACUGGAUGUGGAAUUUCCUCCAUUUUUCUGGGAGUUGUGAUGGUGACAUACAUUGCUUUUCGCAAACUUCGAAAAGAUCAUCCUUCUAAAAUCCUCAUCAACCUAUGUACAGCACUGCUGAUGCUAAACCUGAUGUUUCUGGUUAAUUCCUGGUUAUCAUCAUUCCAGAAGGUGGAACUUUGUAUCACAGUUGCAGUGGUGCUUCAUUACUUCCUGCUGGCUUCCUUGACUUGGAUGGGCCUGGAGGCAGUACACAUGUAUUUUGCUCUGGUUAAAGUCUUCAACAUAUACAUUCCAAAUUACAUCCUUAAAUUUUGUCUAGCUGGUUGGGGGAUCCCAGCGAUUGUAGUGGCCAUCAUACUUGGUGUGAAUAAAGAUCUGUAUGGAACUCUGAGCUCAGCCACUCCAUUUUGUUGGAUUAAGGACAAUUCUGCCUUUUACUUCUCAGUUGUGGCUUAUUUUUGCCUCAUAUUUCUUGUAAAUAUCUCCAUGUUCGGCACUGUUCUUCUGCAGCUGAAUUCUAUCAAAGCUCAAGGCCACAGAAAGAGACAGAAGAUGAUACUGCAUGACUUCAAAGGCAUCAUGAGCCUAACAUUCCUACUUGGCCUCACCUGGGGGUUUGCCUUUUUUGCCUGGGGACCCGUGAGGAAUAUUUUCUUGUAUCUUUUUGCCGUUUUCAACACUUUGCAAGGAUUCCUCAUUUUUGUGUUUCACUGUGUGAUGAAAGAGAGUGUGCGGGAACAAUGGCAGAUACACCUCUGCUGUGGAUGGUUGAGACUGGAUAACUCUUCUGAUGGCGGUAGCAGGUGUGCAUUAAAUGCUGGAUUUAAACAGGAGAGACUGAAGAAAUCUUUUGAGCACAAACUCUUGACACCAUCCCUAAAGUCUACUGCAACUAGUUCCACUUUUAAAUCUCUAGGCUCUCCUCAAGGCUCACCUUCAGAAAUAAGCUUCCCAAAUGGUGACUUUGAUGAAGAUCCCUACUAGCUUCUCUCCCUUGAGUUGU